UUCGGAUAAAUACAUCCGGACACUGUGUUGGAUAUCUUUGACAUGGGCACACCCAGUGUCGACAACGCGGGCGGCGCGCUAGUGUGCUUGAGCUCUAAUGCGACCCUCGUUCGCAGCAAGGAUACAUCUUCUUGGUGGCAUGACGAAACCCACGAUUGCAUCAUCUCGUUGCGACCCAUCCUGGAUGCGGAAGGAUCCUCCACGGACAAGGUAGGACUCUUCGUGGAGGCGCUUCCCGGCGGGUCCUUGCGAACCAACCCCACAGCGAUCACAGCGAGCGACUUGCCGCACGGAUCUUUCUCCCACGAUUCGACUUUUGUCGAUGUCAAGCUCUCGAUCGACCAGCACUUCUUUGCCGUGCAGCGCAACGAGAAUGAAGUCGACGUGUGGGCGGCCUCCAUAUCGUCUGGCGAUGUUGGCCACCAUCCCAUUCGUCUCCGUUACAGCGUCAUGGCCAAGCGAAUGUCUCGAAUUUUGGGCCUCGUAUGGAACGCCAAGGAUGUCGACCAUGCAGUCAGUGGAAAGAAAACGCCGUCGCAGUACCUCAUCGUGGUCACCACGGGGGGCUUGGAGCUGUACAAAGUCACUUCGACCAAGUGCAAAUUCCAUCGGGUUGUCGCGUACGCCACGCACCAGUUUUGGUGGCAUCCUCAGCACCACGUUCUCGUGCUUGCCACGGGCGCCAAAGCCACGGAGCUCCGGCCAUACUAUGUCGAAGGCGGCAACGUCGCCAAGGUGUCCAAGGUCGUAGUGGGUGCGCCGUGCCUGGCGCCGUCGCAAGUCGUCCUCGCUUCGCUCUACUCGACGCUGUACCUUGUCUACGCCGCUUCAUCGACCAAGGAACAACUGCUGUUGUACCGCAUUCACCCAACACUCGAUACGAUGUGUGUGCGAGCGCUGCGCGUCGGCUUCGACGACCCGCUCUGCUCCGUGCUGGAUAACUUGCUCGUCGUCCACAGCGCCACGUAUGGCGUAACGUGCUUCUACGAUAUCGGGCUGCCCGAUGCCGAUUCAUUUCUCCACCCGCUGCCCCUCCACUUGCCGUGCGCAAGCAGCGAGCAACCAUGGCACCUGCAGCGACUGCUGGCGCCCCACCACGCCAUGUUGAGUACUGCUUUCAACACCGCCGUCGACACGGACUCGCCGCUGAUACAAGUCCAUGGCAUGCAGUUGAAUAUCCGCGCGAUUGCUGCCUGUGCCACGGCCAGUGGGCGUCCGAUGCUGUCGCUCCUUCGGUUUCUUUUGCGACGCCGUGGGUUGCCAUGGACAGACAGUACUGAACGGGAUGCAUCCAGGGUCGUUCAAGAGGCGUUGUUCAUGUCGUUUCGCGCGCGGGUGAGCGAAGGCCGACUGCCCGAAUCGGAGUUUCGCGCAUGUGUAAACUUGCUCCAUCAUCACGAAGCCACGGACCGAAUGAGGAAGGCGAUGCCAUUGCCGCCGUCAAAGUCCCCGACAGCAGCAACGUCGUCGCACCAUCUCUUUCUCCAUGUCUCGCAGCGGGACUGGCUAGACCAGUUUUGGCUCUCGCUGCAGCAGGACUUACCACCCGAUCGCUUUGUCAUGUACUUGGCGAUCUUCCUCGGCAGCGUGCGGCACCAUGGCUUGGCGACCCUUCCUGCCUUACAAAUCGUGUAUAUUCAAGCGAUGGCAGCUCAAGGCCGAUGCAAAGACUUGGUGGGAUGCCCCAUGGACGACUCGAUCGAAGUCGCGCGGGAGCUCGAGCUGCAGCGAGGAACUGCCCCAGCGUUGCACCAAGCUGCCAUGGACAUGUACCAUCGGCUAGGCGCCGUCGACGAUCUCGUGCGGCUCUUCGUUCACGACGGCCAUGUACGUGAACCCGAUCGUCGUGCCCACGACAUGGGCGUAUGCAGCAGAGCACGAGGCGAGCGUGUGUGCAGUCGCCCAUGGGAUUGGAACUCUAUUCAUCGAGCGUAGGUGACCAUGGCGCUGCGGCUGGCACUGCGGUAUGCAUCCAAGAAACAGCCCAUCUCGCAUUCACCCCAGUGGUUCUUUGACCAAGUCGUUGGGGCGACCAUACAACGCGCGUCGCGGCAGGAUGACGUCGACGAAGCCGUCGACGAAAGCAGAGCUCGAGGGAGGCAGCAAUUGUACGCGCUGUACGUGUUUCUGUCGGUGUUCGCGCCGGCGGAGAUCGCGCGAGACGACCAAGGCAGGUCCCCGUUGAGCCACACGUGCACGUUCCCCAUCGAGCUGUUCGAAUCAAACGGAUCGUUGCCAGAAGGCACGACGGCAGACGCGUCCCAUGUGCUGUUUCGACGACUGUUUGGGUUUCCCAACUCUACUUAAAUUACACAUCUUGGUCCCGUUAACAGACGACGGCAGCGACCGCGCGGCGAGUGCGUCCCACCGAGGGUUUGGCGGGGGACAUUGCGGUAGCCUUGAAUUGGCGCAUGAGUCGAUUUAACAUGGACUCUUGCUCUUGCUCAAAGCGCACGCCAAGUGCCACCUUGUCGUCGCGCAAGCGCUUCAUUUCUGCUUCAUAGUACGAAUCGCGGGGACGGGAUGCCAGGCGCUGGACGUGGAGUGCCGACUGUGUCUUGGAGGCCUUCGCAGCCAGGGCUUUUUGCUUUUGUUCCAUGCGCCGGAUGAACGAGUUCACGAUGAACUCCUCUUCUUUCUCGGCUUCAAGCGACUGAUACAGCAUGAGACGGCGGAGCGAGGAUGGACUGGGGAGCACUCACCGCAGCCACGACGGCCUUGCGCAAUCGCUCGAUUUCGGCCUGGAGGCGACGGUUCUUUUCUUGUUCCAUGGCGAGCUGCGUCGCAAGGUCCAUCUUGUCGGCGGCACUGGCGUGGCUGGGAUGUGCCAGAAGCAAG